AUGGCUGCGCCCGUGCGCCACGAAUGGGAACGAGAACGGGAUUGGGAACUGGAAGAGGAAGAGGAAUGGGAUGAAGAAGAGGAAUGGGAUGAGGAUGAGGAACGGGAAUGUGAUGAGGAAGGGGAACCGGAACCGGAAGCCGCCGGCUCCGGUGCUCUCCGGUCCGUGUUCCCGCGGCACCCGCGGCUGUUCGCGGACACGUUCCCGGUGCUGCAGAGCUACCGGUUGUUCGGGCGCGUCCUGCGCAUCCGGCAGCAGCACGGACCGGGAAUGGGGAUGGCGGCAAACGUGUGGGAGGCGGCUCUGGCCCUCGCCCGGUUCCUGGAGCGGGAGCACUUUGACUUCCGGGGCCUCUCUGUGAUCGAGCUCGGAGCCGGUACCGGGAUCCUUGGUAUCCUGGCGGCCAUGCUGGGCGCUGACGUCACCAUCACCGACCUCCCCGAGGCUCUGGCUCAGAUCCGAACCAACGUCCGCUUGAACUUCCCUUGUCCCCGUUCCCGUCCCCGGGUCCGGAGGCUCCGAUGGGGUCAGGACGAGAGCUCCUUCCCCGGGGACGGUCACCUCCUGCUGGGCUCCGACCUGGUCUACGACCGCUCCUCGUCCGCGGCGCUAUUAGCGGCGCUUCGGUCCCUGUGCGGCCCCCGGAGCCGAGCGCUGCUGAGCGCCCGGAGCCGGGGGGGGGAGGGAGGAUCGCGGAGCUUCUUCAGACGGGUCCUGCCCAGGUUCUUCCGGGUGCAACUUGUGGGGCAGGAGGAGGAGAAUGAGAUUGAGAUCUAUGGGGUGACACCAAAGGGGUGUGGGGGGUGUGGGGCAGGGGGAGAUGAUGCAAUGGGGCAGGAGAAUGAGAUCUAUGGGGUGAUGUGUGGGGCAGAGUGA